GUAAAAUAGCGAGAACCUUCGGGUGUUGUUAUAAAUUCAGAUCGAAGAGACGAUUCGCUGGUGGUGGCUCGUGUGCAUAUUAUCCAGCUAUUUACGAACUGAAUCAUAGUUUGCAGAGUUUCGAUAAUAAGGCUAAUUAAGCUCGCGAUAUAUAGAAAAGUGCUGGUACGAUAGUGAGUGAUACAUUCAGUGGUACUUUCAGCAGUCAAGGUUCAGUGCUACAGCGGUACAGAGCGAGCGCAGCGAGCGUCUUCCGAACGCGUCUCUCGUCUCUACUUUGCAGCCGGAUCUGAUUAAUUCCUCAACAAUUAACGUAAUCGCAGUCGUUAUCCACUUAAGUCGGCAUGAUGAUGUUGAAGCUGUCUGAAAGAGUGCGAAGGGGAUUUCCGAUUUUGACAUGGUCCAAAGGCUACAAUGUGGAUAUAGCUAUAGCGGAUUUGGUGGCGGGAAUCACCAUUGGUUUGACCUUGAUUCCGCAAUGUAUCGCUUAUGCUUCCUUGGCGGGAUUAGGACCAGAAUAUGGACUUUAUUCUUCUCUGUGUGGAGGCUUCAUCUACGUCGCUUUUGGCAGCAUCCCGGAACUAAACAUAGCACCAACCGCCCUUUUGUCCCUUUUGACCUUCACUUUCACCCACAACGUCACUUUUGGCAACGUCCGAGCAUCAAUUCUUCUUUGUUUCGUGUCCGGAAUCAUCGAACUGCUUUGUGGAGGACUGCAUCUAGGUUUCCUGGUAGACUUCGUCUCCACCCCCGUCGUGGCCGCCUUCACCUCCGCCGGCGCCCUCACCAUCGCCUCCUCCCAAGUUAAAAACCUCCUCGGCUUAAAAUUCUCAGCUGAAACCUUCACCGACGUCUGGACCAAAGUCUUCCACCACAUCCCCGAAACCAACAAAUGGGACGCCUUGCUCGGCCUCGCCUGCUGCCUGGUCCUCCUCUCAAUGCGGAAACUCAAGGACUUCGGAACCCCGCCCCUCGACGGCCCCCACUCCGAAAAAACCGCCUCCUCCCCAAUCAAAAAACUCAUCUGGUUUUGCUCGGUGGCCAGGAACGCCUUCGUCGUGAUCACGUGCGCGCUCAUCGCCUACUUCCUCCCGGCGCCGUUUUCGCUAACUUCGAAAGUACCGGAAGGCUUGCCCAGUCUGACCAACCCCAUGGCUGAAAUGGUCAUCAGGAACGAGACUCUGACGGUGGUGGAUAUGAUGAAGGAAGUGGGAGCGGGGGUUUUCGUUAUACCGUUCGUCGCCAUUUUGGGGAACGUCGCCAUUGCGAAAGCUUUCGCUAAGGGCAAGGUCAUCGACGCGUCACAGGAGAUGAUUGCGGUAGGGAUGUGCAAUCUGAUUGGCUCGUUCCUUGGGUCGUACCCCGUGAAUGCGUCGUUUUCGAGGGCGGCUGUGAGCAACGCGAGCGGUGUGAGGACACCUUUAGCUGGGAUUUACACCGGUGUGAUGGUGCUUUUAGCGCUGACUUUUCUCACGCCUUAUUUCUCCUACAUUCCGAAGCCUACUUUGGCAGCGGUUAUUAUUUGCGCUGUCAUUUUUAUGGUGGAAGUGACACUAACGAAGAUGAUUUGGGAAAUUAAUAAAAUGGAUUUGGUGCCAUUUUUCGUAACGUUGGCGGCCUGCUUGCUGCUUAGUAUAGAAAUAGGGAUUUUGGUCGGGGUGUGCGUUGACAUAAUAUUCGUACUGUAUGGGGCUGCCAGACCCAAAGUCUUAAUUGAAAAAAUGAACGAAAAUGGCGCCAAUUAUGUCAAAGUGACCCCAACGGCGGCCAUUUUGUUUCCAUCCGCCGAAUUCGUAAGGGAGAAAAUUAUGAAGAGCAAGGAAACGCAAGUUUUUACCGUUGUCGUUUUUGACUGCCAAAGGAUAAACAGGAUGGACUUUACAGCAGCAAAGUGUUUAUCGGCAUUCAUUUCCGACUUCAAGAAAGUGAAUAAACAGGUAAUUUUCUACCGGCCUAAAAAAUCCGUUGGUAAAAUUCUGACGAAAGUGACGGAGGGCGGGGCCAAAGUAGCCCAAUCAGAAGACGCUUUAUUCAAUUUUCUGAAAGUCGUAGUCAGCGAAACGGAAAUGCACUUGACACUUUGUCAACAAUCUAACUGAAACCGUCCCUGACCGGAAUCACCGUACGUUGACCCAGUUAUCGAUUUCGUCAGAUGGCAGCACUGAUGACAACUUUGACGUUUCAGAGCACGAACAGCCGACAGGGAACGUGGAAAUAAACAUCGAGAAUAAAGACAACACGAGCACACAGCUGUAGCUUUGGCCACGUUAAUUAACAAUUGUGAUAUAAAACAUUAACAUAUUUAUUACUCUUUAUGUGAAAACGUGUUAAUAAAUUUUUUAAAAACAA